AUGUUAAUAAAUGGUAAAAUUUGCUCAUUUGCAGUUCAAAUUUAUUCAUGCUUUGAAUUUCAUAAUAAAUAUAUGACUCUUUACUAUAAUUUAGGAAUAACGAUCACUCUUGCAAUAGCAAGUCUACUAUCAAUUCCUUACUUAUACGAAUCUUAUAAAGAUGAUUUUGAUACAGAUGAAUGGAGACCUUGGGUAAAACUGUUUCUCUUCAUAUGUGGCUUCUUUAGUGCAAUAUUCAUGAUCCUAAACGUUUGGUGAGCUAAUAAAAAACUGCUGAUUUCUUCAGCCGCUUUUCUAGUCUUGACCUUUGCGUGAUGUAUUUAUUAUGUAAUUUUUGGACUCGCCGUAGCCUCAACUCAGCUCUGUGGAGAUCAAACAGAUCCAUCAAUGAUCCCAUCAGACAUGGACUGCGCAAAUAUGUCUAGUCCAGAAACCUACCAAUCAUUUCUCUAUAUUUCAAGUUUAUUUUUCAUGAUUACCUCAAUGGUAACUUCUAUUUAUAGAGGUUUCCUCUAUAUAGCGCUAAAAGCGCAGACAUUUUCCCAGGAGCUUUCCAAGUUCGUCGGACCAAAUCGCUUUUUGGUCCGACCAAGGCAUUGAUUUGGUGCAACCUACCGAUAAAUUCCGAUCAGAAUUUAUCGGCCUUACAGCGCCAAACAUAGGAAACUUCUAUAGACGCUUAUAGGAGAAUUCUACAUCAAAAAGAUUUUUGUAAAAAAUUUAAAACUUCAAGUCGCGACUCAAAUGAAAGAUACAACAGGCAGAGGAGACUCUUUUUAUGUCCACGAUAAUGAUGAGACUAAAAUUCCAACUACAGAGAAGCCUGAUAAAGACAAUAAAGUAACCAAUUUGAAAACUACAACUGGUAGCAUAAUUCCUAGAGAUACAAGCCCAGGACCUCGAGGAGAGGCUAAAGAUAACUCUCCAACUGGCAGAGGAAGAGGUCGAGGAAGAGGAAGAGGAAGACUUUAA